GGUUGAAUAUUCUCAUUCUCUGGUACAAUUUCGUUCGGCAAACAACUCUUUGCGGAGUUUCAAAAUUUUAUAAAAUUUUCUCAAUUUUUUUUACUAUAAAAAAAUCAAUAAAACAUGUCGUGUAAUAGAUCUAUUGGACCUGGACCUGGCGCCUAUAACCUGCCCAGUACCUUUGGCUAUAAGAACUGCGACAAGCGGAUGCAGAGAAGCCCACAGUUCUCCUUUGGAACGAGUCCGAGGACCUGUAACAAUGUCAGAAAAGUUGAAGGGCCUGGACCAGCUGCCUACCAUCUGGGCAAGGUCACGCGAUUUGGAAGACCUUCUGCCGAGGAGUACGCUAUUUUCCGUUGUUAAUGGGUGAAAUCGAAUGUUUUAAAAUAUACAUGGCUUUAAUGUAAA